CCGGUCUCAGUGCUUUGCUGGUGAUCGAUGUGCAAGGGAAGGAAAGCGCGUGGGUGUUCGUUAGAGGCCUCGUCGAUGUAAUUGAUCACACCAGAGUUUCAGCUGAAUGGUUAUUAUGUUCACAUUGUGAACGAGGUGAAUGAUGGAGACAGCGGAAACGGCGCCGUUCCGGAUCGGCUCCACUGUACGGGCGCUGCGGUGUGCUCUGCGGAGGGAAACCGGACACGAAGCCGAGCCAGAGCACACUGACAGCGCGGAGAGGAGCACCAACGAGCGGGACAAGCUCUGGUUUAAAGAGAGCAGCGCCAAAAACCUGAGAAACCGAGACUUCCUGGCGCCCAACACGGUCCUGGCUACGCUUUACUCUGACGGACAGGUUCCUCCGGCCGUUCUAAGGCGUGUCCUCUCUCUCCGUGGAAGCGGUGUGUUACCACUUGCAGGAUGUGACAUCACAGCCGAGGGCCUGCGUGUAACCGUGGACCACUGCACAGCGUUCCGACGCGUUCUAUGUGGGAUGAACGCAUACCUGAGACCCGCCACUCAAAGACAGGGGUGUGUUCUGAUCAACUGCCCCGCCCUGCAUGCCAAACAAGCCCCGCCCACUCCAGACACCCUGACCCUGGGGCAACUCCGCACUGUCCUCAUCGCUGACCACCUCAGAGCAGUGCUCCUGAGACAAGGUUACUCUGUGUCCUUCUGUCCUGCCCUGCCUGAGGAGAGUGAUAUCAUCAGCUUCCUCCGGAUCCUGGGCAUCAGUUGGCCGGCAGCGUCUGUGAGCUGGACCAGUGAGGAGAGAGAGGAAAAGAUGAGGAACGCCCUGGAGAACUGUUGCUACAGAGAGACAGAUGGAGAGAGGGGGAAGAGGGCGAGUAAGGGAGAGGAUGGAGGGAUGACCGAGGAGGUCAGGAUAAAUCUGAAGCGAGUGAUGGAGGACGUAGAGCUGCAGGGUUAUGACCCCACUCUUGGCACGUGCACAGUGCAGCGAGAGGCAUUGUGUCAUCUGGCUCAGCUGGACAGAGCGAUAGAAGACUUUCCUGCGUCCACGGCUACAGUGUUACACGUGACUUCCUGUCAGGAUGAGUUCCGCCAACAGCAGAUAGCCAUGCUUUGGAGAGCUACCAGCGCCAUGGCACCGCAGAGGCUGGUGGUGUGUGGUCCAGUAAAGACUCCGGGCACUCAAAUGAGCGCAGCUCAAUACCUGCAAUUAAGAAGAGCUCAGAUGAAGGAAGCUUCAGAAAUGAAAUAUGGAGAGCAAGUGGAAGGACAGACUUGGGACGACAUCAUCAGAGUGAUGACUUGUGCCACAGUGCGGUUUGAGCUGCUUUCCACAGCACACACUAGCCCAGUGACUCUGGAUGUACAGCGUGAAGUGGGCGUGUCCACAAAGGGUCCUAGGGGAGGAGUCUUUGUUAUGUAUAACUGUGCGAGACUACACACACUGUUCAGCAGCUAUGAAAAAGGCGUAGAGCAAGACUCCUUAACGCUCAUGUGCAAUGACUGUUCUGCAGGCGUCUACCCCGAAAUCCCUGCAGGCACAGAGUUGGAUUUUUCCUCCCUAAAAGAAGAGGGGGAGUGGCUUCUUCUUUUCAAUUACCUCAUUCCAUUCUCGGAGCUUCUGGACCAAUCGGGACAGACGCUGGAGCUGGAGGGGGCGGGAGCCAGAGUUAAUUUAAGAACAGAGCAGCUUUGUCUGUUGUAUUGUGCAGGUCUGCAGAUUCCUGGUGUCUCUCAGUAAAGAUUUUAGUUCGUAUUAUAACAGAGUCCAUGUACUUGGGGAGCCGUUACCUCAUCUUUUUAAUCAGAUGUUUUGCCGGUUGUUGUUGCUGAAGGCUUUGAGGGAACUUUACCACAGCGCCUUGGAUUCUCUAAAUCUUCCCCCGAUCCCACAGCUAUAGCUCGGAAUCACAUGACACCACCAGUACUUCAAAACGAACAAUCCAUAUUACAUAGAAAUGUGCCUGAAAUGUUUAAAGGUAACUAGGAUUAUACGUGAAAAUUGCUACAAAUCAUCCAUGAUCACGCUAAAACAACACACCAAGAAGUAUUAAACAACGUAUCCUCAAUUACACACCCAAAAUACUAUAAUACUUGCUCUGGUUCUGGAAAAUAUAAAUAUUUCUCGUAUGCCAAACUAUAAUCUUUCCUUAAAUGCAACUAACUACAACAUAAACCGUAUAACAUCCACAAUACCUGAUCUUAUGCUGUAAUAAAUACUGCAUUGUAAGUGUCUUUUGUUAAUGUUAUGUGUUUUCCUUUAUACCACAGCACUGUUGUGCUGGUUUUACGAUUCCUUGUUUCUAUAGUAACGGCUCAUUCACAGGGACUUGUGUAGUGGACGUUCCACAUAACCGACAUGAAGUGUAACAAUAAACAAAUUCCUGAAUGUGUUGUA